UGCCAAAGCUAGACAUCAAAAUCAUGAUAAACAAAAUGCACUAAGUUCUAAUAGUAAUUUGGAAUUGCAAAGCAGUAUUCAGAAGCAAGAUUCAUGUAACUUUUACCAAAAAAUAUUUGAGCAUGAACUUUAUCAUAUUGAAUAUAUUAGUGAAUUUGAUAAUGAGUUAAGAAACAAUGAUAGGUUGAAAAGUAUAAACAAAUUUGAGAAUUGGUUAGAAAAAAAUAAUGAACUUGAAAGAUUUGAAAGUAUUGAUAAAUCUGAAUAUAAGUUGGAAAAUAAUAUCAAAUUUGGAUAUGAAUUAGGAAAUAAAAUUGAUGAGGAAUUUGAGGAUUGGUCAGAAAAUAAGAGUAGUGAAAGUAAUAAUUUAUGUAUAACCAAUAUGACUUUUGCAGAUUAUGAAGCACUAAAAGAUCUAAAUUCUUUCUUAUUACCUGCUGUUGCAGAAUUAUGUCUAUUAAAAGAAAGAAUAGAAUGUCCCAAUAUUCAAUAUGAUG